UUAUGACAUGUUAUAUUUUAUGGUGUUAUUUCGUAUAUAUAUAUAUUUUUUUUUUAUAUACAGAAUUCGUGUUAUGAUGAAUAAUGGAGACACCAACUAAUGGAGAUGCGAUUGGACUUGAGGAGAGAGUAGAAGCGAUAAGUCUUUCACCUUCUUUCACCUUUGCUGAAAUAAGGAAAGCACAAUUAAUAGAUGGUGAUAUCAGUGUUGUGUUGAAAUGGAAAGAGAAGUCUCAAUUGAAGCCAGAGUGGAAGGAAAUGUCUAUGCUAUCUUCAGCAGUAAAGACAUAUUGGAUAAACUGGGAGCUACUGGAAAUAAAAGAUGAGAUUCUAGUUCGAAGAUGGGAGUCAGAUGAUGGUAAGGAAGUGAACUGGAAAACUGUACUCCCCAAGUCCCUACGCUCAGUGGCCUUGGCUGAUUUGCACGAUGCAAAAACAGGAGUUCAUCUAGGAGUAAACAAGACGUUACACAAACUUCAACGUAGAUUCUACUGGGUAGGACUAGCCGCUGAUGUACGCUCUUGGGUUAGGAAAUGCACUGUGUGUGCACGGUCCAAGAAUCCACCUAAGAAGAAUAGAGCACCUUUGCAACAGUACAGAGUUGGAGCCCCGAUGGAGAGAGUGGCUAUGGAUAUUAUGGGACCUUUGCCCGAGACAGAUAAAGGAAAUAGAUAUGUGUUGGUCAUUGGAGACUAUUUCACUAAAUGGACUGAAUCUUAUGCUAUGCCAAACCAAGAAGCCAAGACAGUGGCUAAUAUCUUUGUAGAGGAAUUUGUAUGCAGAUAUGGAAUCCCAAAUGAGCUCCACACUGAUCAGGGCAGAAACUUUGAGUCUAACUUAAUGAGUGAAGUAUGUAAACUUCUAGGAAUUAAGAAGACGCGUACGUGUCCUCUUCAUCCCAGGAGUGAUGGGAUGAUUGAACGGUUUAACCGCACCUUGAUUGGCAUGGUGAGAACCCUCAUCGAUCCGGACAGGAACCAGAGAGAUUGGGACGAGCUGCUUCCCCAUGCCAUGUUAGCUUACAGAUCAAGUGUACAGGAGUCAACGGGAGAAACUCCGGCAAUAAUGAUGUUGGGAAGAGAACUUUCAUUGCCAGUAGAUAUAUUGGUUGAGCGAUCUUCAUCUGUGGAAAAUGGAAGUGAAAUAGGAGAUUAUGCAGAGCAACUGAGAGAUAAACUUCAUGAUGUGCAUGAUAGAGCCCGAAAUAAACUUCGCUUGACGGGUGAACGCCAAGCUAAGAUGUAUGAUAGGAACACUAGACUCACCAGUUAUAAAGUUGGUGACUGGGUUUGGUUGUAUGGAAUAGAGAGGAAGAGAGGAGUGUGUCCUAAGCUAACCAUGAAGUGGACUGGUCCUUACUUAGUUAUCACUAAGCUUUCUGAUGUGGUAUAUCGAAUACAACGAAGUGAGAGAUAUUUACGAUUUACGAUGUUACUUCUUUGCAGUACAUGCAAGGCUGGUUUUACUUCACGGGCAGAGCUAAACAGACACAUGAAAGAGGCCCAUGGACGUGAACUAACUCUGAAAUGCGAGACUUGCGCAUAUGAAACCACUGAGGGGAUUAAAUUCCGUAGGCAUUAUAGGAGAACUCAUAACCUCUCCAAAAGCGAUACUUUAGCAGUGGCUUUCUCCGCGGCAUCAGAUCGUUAUACGUUGAAGCAAGAAAACCUGAGAGAGGGGAAGGAAAGGAAAAGGAAGUUGGAAGAGGAGCGAGUAGGAGAAGGAAUUGCUAAGAAGGCAAGAGAAGCAGAAAAGGAAAGAAGACAGAAGAGUAAGGAUAUUAACUCAGGAUCUAGUACCCCUCUGCCAGUACUUUCGUUGAAAUAUUUGUACGAAACAUUAUCUUUGUCUCCAGGGGACUAUUUCUCUGACUCUUUUGACAAUCAACAACCAACCCUGGAUACUGACGAUCGACAACCUACCCCAGACGCAACUGAUGACCGACAGCCCACCCCAACUGACCCAAGACCAACACCAGACUUAGAGGAAUUAACGAUUAGUUUAAACAGAGCAGCAACAGAAAUUGGACGUAUAAAACUGGUGUCAGUGACCGUCGUAACCGAGACUUAUUAUCAUGUGCACGGGAAGGAAAAAAGAGGGAAGGUAGAGACGAAAACCUUUAAUUUCGACGAAGACAGUAAUGAGGAGUAAUUUUUAUUUAUUGUGUAUUUAUAACUAUUGAGAAUUUUAAUUAUUGUAUAUUUAUUGAAACUAGCGUUUAAGCCUACAUUUAUGCUGUAUUUAACAGAAGAAGAAAAAAAAAAUACACAUAGACCUGUAUGUACUGUAUAUACACUACCAUGUCAAAGUAUGGUACAUGUAUGAUAAGAAAUGAGUGGUUGUAUUUUUAAUUUUUUUUUUUUUUUUUUUUAGUCGCUGGGGACAGCGAUUUAGAAGAAGGGAGGUAGUGUGACGGUCAGCGUAAAAUCUAACUUGUUCAUUUUUAUAAAACUGACUUGAAACACCAAAAUAUAUAUGUGGGACUGAUUUUUCGAUCUUUUCAUAUAUUUUUGUCUAUUUCACUUGUUAAAUUGCUGAGUUAUACUGUCAGGCUGACUUACCAUUAUUCUAAAUGUCUGUACUCUCGGAAUAAGGCUCUUACUUUAUUUUGAUCAAUAUAUUUCUCUUUGUAUAAAGGUUACAAAUUAUUUGAUGUAAUCGCACUUACUUUGAAAUAGUUAUUGCGAAGAUUUAUGAAUAUUCAUGUGCGUACAUAUUCGCGUGGUUAAAGCAUACGCGCAUAGCGCAUGGUAGUGCGCUGAUAUGUGAUAGCCGAGUUUGAUCGAUGUGGCUAGGCUGUACACUUUGGCAUUAGAUGCGCUGUGAAACUGACCUGUCUGUGAACCUUGUUGAACCGAGAUUUACGGUAAUUAUUCCUUUCGUUUCCGCCCAUUGCUAUUCAUAUGCAGAUUAGCUGAUUUGCAUUGCACCAACAACAAAUGUUGAUCAAUCUAUUGGACUUUGUACCAAAAUUGAUGUUUUAAUGUUUAUUUUAGAGUUAAAUGUGUAUUUUCAUGGUUUUUAAGGCCGAAUCGAAUACAGGCCAGAAGCAGAUUGGCCAAAAUCUAGCCAAAAUGGGAUGGCCCAAAACUAGCCAAAAUGGGAUGGCCCAAAACUAGCCAAAUUGGUAUUGUGCAUAUGAUUAGUAUGACUGCUGUGUAUAUGGAUGCUUGUUAUAUUGGUAUUCAUUUAUCAGAUAAUAGUUAUCAAUAUGUAUGCUUGGAACUGAAACAGAAUACACAAAAUGGACAUGAAUUCUUGGAUUUUAUAUUACUGUGCCAGUAAUUAUUUAUUGAAUAAUGCAACACUUAAUAAAAUGUCUUUACAAUUAUAUUGCAUUACAGAGAUGUCAGUUCAGAUAUCACAGUCACUGUUAAGAAAUGAGCAUUGGAAGUGGUGAACAUAUUCCCUUUAUUUAUUACUUUUGGUUGAGAGAUUUUACUCUUUGUAGCUAAUAAAUCAUUAGCUACGCUGAAAUUAGGUGUACUUCAGGUCGCUGGAUAGUUUGACUAACUGAUCCUUUGCGGGUAUACCUAAAGGUCUAACCAAUUCCAAUCUGGUUUCUGUGACAAGUAGUUCUAAGAAUGUUUAUACAUGUACAAACUUUUAUCUAUUUGUGAGAUAUUGAAUAUUAGUGCUACUGCUUAUUAUUCAAUGGAGGACUGAUUAUUUAAUUGGUCAUUGGAACAUUUUCUCUUUUAUUAUCGAUUUUUACUCUAGACUAUAGACCAUAUCUGCUGUGUGACCUAAUACAUUACUAGUAAUAUGAAUUUCUGGAGGACGAGGCUGAGGGCCUCAGUAACUUAGUCUGUCACCUGUACCUAGUAGUUUAAGAAUAUAUCUAUCUACAUGUAAAGCAGUUGUAACUUAUAUAUAUUGAACAUUUGUAUAUUUAAUAAUUGUAUUCUAUAUAGUUGUACUUUAAAUAUAUUCGUCAUAUUUAUGAACAAAGUAAAUACGAUCUGAUGCUAUUACUUGCAUAAGAUUUAGUCACUUGUAAAUAGAUUCACAAUUCAACAAUUAAUGAUGUACAAAUUAAUAUAAGUAGCUUAUGUAUUUAUGGAGCUGUAACUUACAUGUAUAUUUUAUCUUAGUAACACUUAUUGAUAAU